AUGACCAUGAACUGCGAUACGAGUUCGGAAAUGGUUACCUCGAUGGUGAAGGGUUCCAAUAGCUUCACCGUUACCGGCUACUCAUUUGGCAAAGAUAUCGGGCCUAGAAAGUACCUGUCGUACUCCACUUUCAGGGUUGGAGAUUAUGAAUGGGCGGUUUACUUCUAUCCUGAUGGUAAGGACUCCAAGGAUCGGUCGGCGUUCGUUUAUGUGUUCAUCGGUCUGCUCAACGAUGCAACGGACGUGCGAGUGUUGUUUGAACUCAAGCUUUUAGAUCAGAGCGGGAACGGGAAGCACUUAAUUCACAGCCAUUUUAAUCGUGCCACGCCAAAAACUCCCUGUAUCUUGAAACACAGGGAAAGUAUUUGGGGCCAUAAACGUUUCUUCAGAAAGGUCGAUUUAGAAAAAUCUUGCUACCUCAAGAAUUCUUCCUUACAAUCCAUUGUACCGUUGGAGUUGUUAAAACUUGUGCCAAAGCAACAAAGCAGGAAAUCUCCAUUGUUCCAGCAACGAGCAUCGUCCAAGAUCUCGACAAAUUGUUCGAAUCUGAAAUGGGCUGCGAUACAAGCUUCCAGAGCUCAAUUUUUCGGAUUCAAUGGAGAUUCCAAUAUAGACAAAGUUGAAGUUCUAGAUAUGGAACCUGCUGUCUUCAAGCUUAAAGCUGUCUGCUUGAAAUUUGCAGCACACAACUUGGAAGCGGUUAGUCAAUCGGACGGGUUCAAACAUUUGGAAGAAAGCUGCCCUUCUCUGUUGUCUGAGCUGUUGAAAACUGUAGCAUCAGUUGAUGAAAAACCAAAAUCAGUUUUAGGGCAGAAAAGAAGUAGUAGCAGUGCAUUCACGCAAGGUUUGGUAGACGAUGGUGAUGCUUCAGAACCCGUGAAUCCUCCUAAACUGCGGAGGACUGCUCGGAUGUGUACCAGGUCGACCUGUUUGAUUUCGGGGGGGGAGGAGAAACCGGGAAAAAAAAAUCCUUUCCUGUAA